CACCUGGAGAAAAUCUUUUGUCAGACAUCCUACUACCAGCCAAGAAAAACGAAGAAAAGAUUGAAAAGAGUCUCGUGAACUUUGUAACAUCGUGGUAUUGGAGAAACUUUAUCCGCUGCACAGCUGAUUCUAGUUAGGUUACUUUGGCUAGUAGUCUACCUGUUGACAGUCAAGUGUUUGUGAAUUGCAAGAGAAAGACAUGAAAUGGAAAACCGUGGAUAUUUUGUAAUGGACCAGCGGGAGAAAGCGGCCAAGGACAGCGAGUGUUUGGAAAAUGAUCCACCUUACAUGGAAAUCAAGAAAAAGACUGACCCAAAGGACAACGUUGUUUUAACUGACCCAAGAGCAACAUGGAAGAAGAUUUCUAAACCUGUCAGGGAGGAGAACUCAGGCCUCAGUUGGCAGCUCGGAGCAGAAUAUGAGAUGAAGAAACAGAGACUGCAACAGGAGCUUCGUCUGGAAUUCAGGAAUUAUGCUUCUCAGCACAAGGAUUUAAAUGUUGGAGAGCCAGGCCCACAAUCUCAAUACCUUUCACUCCCCAUUGGAGAAAGGAGAUCUGCAAAGAGCAGACUGAGAGAUGAGAGAAACAAAGAAUACAACGACUUUCUCAAAACAGGAGCUGGACAGGGAAACAUAAAAAAUACAUCUGUUGCUUCUCAGGUGCUGGCCUCUGAGGCUGUUUGUUUUGAGACUCCAGACUCUCCCUCACCCUUCCCAGAGGCCCAGCCUAAACUACAGUCAAGCCGCAGGGAGCACCACCUUUCCAGGAGAGAUGCUGCCACUUUGACUGAAAUAGGCAGGGCAAGAGGAGGAAGAGGGUCACGUUUUGGGGCUGGAACACAGGCAGGGGCUUGGGGUGCAUCCCCACAGGGGAGGAGGCACUGGGAUACCCACAGGGCCGAGGAGUCCCCGGAGCACUGGGACCGAAGGCCCAGGAGACAGCGAGGGCGCAGGGAGGAGUACAGCUCCACGGAGGAGACGUACACAGACGAGGACGAGCCGGAGGAGGAGUUCCUGUACAGGAGGAAGCCCAGGCAGAGCAAGGAGGCUCACUACACUGGGAGGAGAGAGAGGAGAAUCGAUCACAAGCCUGAGAGAAUUGUACGAGAGCAGAGAGAGGUAAAGCACCGUGUUAAUCGCGAGGAGGACAAAAGAGAAGAGAUCAGGAAGGCACUGUCAGCGACAUCAAACCACAAACUGGAGAUGCCUGCAUCCAUGAGGGUCUCUGAGAGAUCCAGGUCUGCAGCCAACAAGGAUAAGGCUGAGUUUGCCACCGGACUCAUGAUCGGGGUGGCCGAGGGGGAUAUGGCCACACAGCGGAGGAAGGAUCGCUACAGACAGGAUCUGCUGGAGCAGAUGGCUGAACAACAGAGGAACAAGAAGAAGGAGAAGGAGCUUGAGCUGAGAGUCGCAGCCACAGGGGCUGUUGAUCCAGAGAAACAGCCGGAUCGCAUUAAGCAGUUUGGGGCUGUGAAUCGGAACUAUGAGAGCAGGAGGCCGGACGUCCCCUACAGACCGGGGGCAGGCCUGGACGCCCUGGAGACUAACCACAACCCCAGGCCCAGGGAGGAGAAGCCCUCUCUGGGCAGAGCCGAUAGGGGGCCCCCUGAGAAGCCCCGGGUCGCCUUCCCUCCCCCUGUGGUGGACUACAGCACAGCCCUGGGCCAGUUGGCCGGAGGGGCAGCAGUGGGCUCCAGCCUGGGCAUGGGGGCUCUAGGGGUCGCCCCUCCCAACCACAACUACCACAUGGGCCUCUCCAGUACCCUUGGAGAGAUGGUCGCCCCAAGAAUUGCUGGCGCACCUCCCCCCCUGCCUCCCUCUCUAACCAACACCUACAGGACUCCCUAUGAUGAGGCGUACUAUUACUAUGGAGCCAGAAACCCUCUGGACCCCAGUCUGUCCUACUACGGGCCCCCUGGGGGAGGUUUCCACCCCCAAAUGCCCCCCGUGGGACCUCCGCCCCCUGGACCCCCUGUCCGCCAUGGAGUCCCUGGUCAUCAUGCUGCAGUGUUCCCAGGGCUGGGCGUUGGCAUGGUUCCAGGAGAGAGGUCCAAUCAGUCCAAAGAUAACCUGCUAAGUUACCAGGAAGCACUCAGACAACAGAUCCAGGAGAGAGAGGAGCGGAAGAGACGGGAUCGGGAGGAGAAGGACCGCUACGACACCAAGCUGGAGGCCGAGAUGAAAGCCUAUGAGCCCUGGGGGCGGGGUGGGGCGGGGGCCCCUCUGAGAGACACCACGGGGAACCUCAUCAGUGAUCUGCAUCACAUGCACAGGACCAAUGAGGAGGCGUACAUCAACCCCGAGUCCAGGACGAGGAGGCCCGCUCACAUCCCCCUGGCGAGGUGCCACCCCUCCCCCAGAACGGAAGCCCCCUCGGCCCACACGGCGUCAGGAUCCUCCUUGGCCCAACCGUCACCGUUUGCCCGCGGCAACGUGUUCACCGACAAGCCCACAGCACAGCAGCUUCAUGAGCAGGACACCUACAAGGACUUCCUCCAGAAGCAGAUCGAGGAGAAGAGGAACAAGGAGGCGGAGUCUAGGGAGCGGAUCAAGAGGGAGGAGGAGCAGGAGGAGAGGAGGCUGGCGGAGCAGAGGGCUCUCAUGCAGCAGGAGUACGAGGUGGAGCAGGAGAAGAAGAAACGCAAGGAGAUGGAGCACAGCGCGAAGAACGAGGAGCUGAUUCGCCAGGCUGAGGAGCGCCGCAGAGAGGCAGAGAGGGGGAGGAGGGAGGAGGAAGAGAGGGAGGCUGUCAGACUGCAGCACGAGAGGCAGAGCAAGCAGGCCACCCUAGCUCAGAGAGUGUCGUCCCCUCCCAUACCUGCCCUGCAGAAGAAACAGAGCAAGCAGCUCCCCCCUAGACCCCCCUCCUCUGUCAGCCAGCUCUCCUCAAGGGCUGUGUCUGCUUGUUCAAUAUCAGCCUCACACUCUCCACCAGUGCCUGCCAGACGAAACCAGCUUCGAGCCACAGAAGACCAGCCCGGGGUGAUCAGUGAGUUGUCAGUCAUGCGCAGUAAGCUGUUGAGCGAGCAGAGGAGACUGGAAGACCAGCUGGAGCAGACAGUCAGGGCGGACACGCCCCCCCCCUCCAGACACAGAGGGCGCCCCCCUGUGGACAUAUUUGACAUGGCGCGUCUGAGAGCCCAGGUGUCCCAGAGAGCCACCUCUGGGGCUGCAGCUGCCGUCGCCCACGGCAACAUGCACAACAUCAGAGAGUUCAACCAGCUCAAGUACCGCGACAGCGCGUCCCGUGAGGAGGUGCGUCACGUGUACCCUGACCCCCCCGGUGACGAGCGCAGUCUGGACAUCCAGCAGCAGGCUCUCCUCAGGGAGCAGCAGCGCAGCCUCCGGACCCUCACACGGAGGGGGGGGGACGAUGUCUUUGAGCCGUCACCUGAAGAGAGACAGGAAGUUCACCAGCGGAGGGAGAAGCCAGGCCACGGCUACAACCGCCUGAGAGCUCAGGGUUCUGACAGCGCUUUGAUCGACUGUCCCAAAGGUAAGAAGGCCCCAGUUCCGGUCCAGUCCGCCCAGUCAUCCCACCAAGCCUCUGCCCAGGACAGGUACAGGCCCAGGUCCAGGAGGGCACCCUUCCAGGAUGAGCUGGGAGCUCCAGAUCCCAGAGGUGAGGGGUACGACCACCAGACAGACGCCCACUCCCUGAACUCUGUCACCAGCCUCGACUUCCCGGGCGUCAGGGUCCACAACCAGUCCCGCAUCAGAAGACUGGACCACCUGGAUGACAACACCUGGGGAACAGGGGGUCUAUCAGCUGACGACGGGGACAACUUCUCUCUGCGAUCUUCCCCCUACAACCCUCACAGGCGUGUCUCCGAGGAGACGGUUGCCACGGAGGCCUGGCUGCGGCCCGGCACGUCGGACACGGUGAGGUGUGGGAUGGCGGGUCGUAACCGUAGAGACCGGCCGUCCCUGGACCAGGAGUGGGGCGGGCUCUCCACCUAUCACGGCUGACCUCUGAUGUUCAUCCACCUAUCAAGGCAGACCUCUGAUGUUCAUCCACCUAUCACGGCUGACCUCUGAUGUUUAUCCCCUCCUCUGGGGUUGUGGGGGCCAGCGUGUGACCUGAGCCCCUCUCCUGCUGUAGGCCGGGAAGAGAGUAAAAGAAAGAGAGAUGAAAGCGUGUUUAUAGCCAUCAUUUACAUAAGACCUUGUUUUCAAUAACCACCUAUUUUCCCUGAGGUGAUAGUGGUGGUACGGAAAUUAUAUAUGCCCUUGGUUUCAAAGCAAAAGAUGUAUAUUUUUUAAUUGAGUGCAUACCAUUUUUCAAAAGACCAUGUAGCGGUCUUAGGACUGAUAGAGGUAUAUAUGUCCUUGAGAUUUUGCAGUUUUAUUCCGUUUGUAGCACUUUUCUGUAGUUGAGUUUGUGUGUGAAAUGUAAUCUGUACCAGAGAUCUGAGAUCAGAGGAGAGAUGAAGUUCACCCAGCUGCAGGUCUGAAGCAGGAACAGGCCUCGUCAGGCAGAGAGUUCUAGGCUCAGGCUACCACAGAGACCAAUAACCACCCCGCUCUGGGCUGAAGCCCAUCUGUGUGAACUAGCUGCCCAACAGACUGAGCUAAAACUAUAGAGGCAGAAAAGCUCAUCAAAUAAGCUGGUCUCUCAAUGUAUACAAGGGGGUUGUAUGUCAGAGUGAAUAUGUACUUAAGAUUUACGGAAGGUGAGCCUAAUAUUGAGAUAUGUAGUCCCAAGAAAAAUGUUCAAGAAUGAUAUAUAUAUAUUAUUAUUUUUUGAUAACUAUAAUAAAAUUAUUUUAUAAUUUACAAAACAUA